CGUGAGUUGAACGGGUCACUCAGCGAGCGACCACACGCACAUUGAAAUAUGUUCAGCCUCUCUUCUGUUUGUUCCCUUAUACCACUAUGAUCACGAGUCAGGAUGAUGAGGAGACUCCUCUUCUGCAACAGCCAGAGCAGUCGAUAGCCAACUUGAAGACACCUCUGCCCUGGGAUCAAUUCUGGAUCCUACUGUUCUUGCAGAUUCCAGACCCUCUUGUCCUUGGGACCCUUUCUCCGCUCGCCCCCCAACUUAUCAGAGACAUUGGCGUGACCAACGGAGACGAAUCCCAGGUUGGACACUACGUUGGUGUCCUGCACUCGUCGUACUAUGUUGCUCAAAUAGUGACUAUUCUCUAUUUGAGUCAACUGUCCGAUCGCAUUGGGCGGAAGCCUUUAAUAAUGACCGCCCUAUUCGUGAUAGCACUCACAAUGUUGUCGUUUGGGCUGUCAAGAACGUUUCUAGGUCUGCUAGUCAGGUUCGUAUGUCACAUUCACAGUCGUCAUCACCUGUCAAUUGCUGAUAUCUUGAUCAGCCGUAUCAUCUGCGGGACAUUCAGUGGGGGCGAUGGUCUCGUAAAAAACGCGUUGAUGGACAUUACUGACGCAACGAAUUUGCCGAAGGCAUACGGAUAUAUGCCACUUCCAUGGAUGUUAGCGGCAAUUAUUGGACCACUCGUCGGUGGAUCGCUCUUUCGACCAGCAGAUAGAUUUCCCGAGAUCUUUGGGCGAUCAGAACUCCUGAAAACCUACCCUUACCUCUUGCCAUGCGCUGUUCCAGCUGUAUUUGCCACUGUGUGUUGUCUAGUCACGUCUUUCCAUCUCAACGAGAGCAUUCCUACUAGGACGCCACUUUGGGAGCUGAUCAAAGAAUGGUUACCGCGACAGUCAUAUGCAAAGCCUUCCAUGCCGUCGAGCGAUGUUCUGGCCAGUUCUGGGGAAGCACACUUCGAGGAGGUCCCAUCAAAACCUCUUCCAUUGCGGGCCGUGCUGACACCAAGAGUUCGGGCCGCGGCAGCCAGUUAUUGCACCUUGACUCUCUUUUAUAUCGCAGUUUUCUCAAUUCUGCCUCUUUUCUAUGCGACGCCAAUUGAACUCGGUGGCCUUUCCCUUGAUCCUCCACGUAUUGGCGCCAUACUCGCGGCAUCAAGUUUCUCCCAUGGCGCAGUUCAGCUUCUUUUCUUUUCUCGUUUACAUGAUCGCUUUGGCCCAGGAGCACUUAAUAUCGCUGGUGUUAGCUCCGGUAUACCUAUCGUCAUGCUAUUUCCAGUGAUCAAUGCUCUGGCUCGAGCCCAUGGCCUGGGUUUGAUGGUGUGGUUGUUAGUUGGCGUUCAACUUGGGUUGAUGGCUAUCUUGGCCAUGUGUUACUGUAUGUGAACCCAACACUUCCUGCGUUCUGCUCGACUAA